AUCCUCCCCCCAGCUCCUCCCCCUCAGUCUUGCACAGGUGUAACGGCUCCUCCCCUUAAGUCUUGCACAGGUGUACCGGCUCCUCCCAUUCAGUCUUGCACAGGCGUACCGGCUCGGCUCCCCUUUAGUCUUGCACAGGUGUAUCGGCUCCUCCCCUUCAGUCUUGCACAGGUGUACCGGCUCCUCCCCUUCAGUCUUGUACAGGUGUACUGCUCCUCCCCUUCAGUCUUGCACAGGUGUAUCCGAUCCUCCCCUUCAGUCUUGCCACAGGUGUACCAGCUCCUCCCCUUCAGUCUUGCACAGGUGUACCAGCUCCUCCCCUUCAGUCUUGCACAGGUGUAUCUAUCGCUCCUCCCCUUCAGUCUUGCACAGCUGUGUACCGGCUCCUCCCCUUCAGUCUUGCACAGGUGUACCUGCUCCUCCCCUUCAGUCUUGCACAGCUGUACCGGCUCCUCCCCUUCAGUCUUGCACAGGUGUACCUGCUCCUCCCCUUCAUUCCUGCACAGGCGUACCUGCUCCUCCCCUUCAUUUUUUCACAGGUGUACUGGCUCCUCCCCUUCAGUCUUGCACAGGUGUACUGGCUCCUCCCCUUCAGUC